GCGGGGCCGCGCGUGCGCAGUGCCGCCCCCUGGCGGCGGUGGAAGAUGGCGGCGGGCGGUUCGUCGCGGCCCUCAGAGCGGCGGCCGGACCCGCUGUCCCGCCUCACCUGCCCCGUGUGCCUGGAGGUGUUCGAGAGCCCGGUGCGCGUCCCCUGCGGACACGUCUUCUGCACGCCGUGCCUGCAGGAAUGUCUGAAGCCCAAAAAGCCAGUCUGUGGGGUGUGCCGCAGCACCCUGUCACCUGGGAGCAGAGCUCUGGACUUGGAAAAGCAAAUUGAAACGACAGAAACCACUUGYAAUGGCUGCAAUAAAAAAAUGUACCUCUCCAAGAUGCGCAGCCACGCAGCCUCUUGCUCCAAGUACCAGAAUUACAUCAUGGAAGGGGUGAAAGCUGUUACUAAAGAGCCCCUCCACAGCACCAGGAACUUCCCAAAUCGCUUCACCUUCCCUUGUCCAUAUUGCAGCGAGAAGAACUUUGAUCAAGAAGGACUGGUUGAACACUGCAAAGCUUUGCACAGCAUGGAUGCAAAACAAGUGGUUUGCCCAAUUUGUGCCUCAAUGCCAUGGGGAGACCCCAAUUACAGGAGUGCCAACUUCAUGGAGCACCUGCAGAGACGACACCGCUUUUCCUACGACACUUUUGUGGAUUAUGAUGCUGAUGAAGAUGACAUGAUGGCACAGGUUUUGAUGCGUUCCUUGCGGGAUAAAUGAUCCAGCCAGAAGAUUUACUGUAAACCCAAGCUUCCACGAGGGGGAAAUGCCCAGCAUCCUUGCACUUCUCCCUGCACAUCCCAAGAUUAACUCAGGCGUCCAGAAGUACAGAAGACUUUAAUCCUAUCUCAGUUUUAAAUCCUGGUUUGAUAUUUCUGUGCCACUCAGUCUUUUGGUAUCAUGGUCUCUGACAUUCAGCCCUGUCAGCCCCAUUUUUCUACUUGCUUAGACUCAGUUUCAUUGUARAUCUACACCUGGGAAUUUCUCCCUWUCCCUAUGCCUAUUGAUUUCUUUGGCACUUAUGUUUAUUUGACCUUCUAAAAUCAAAAACAUUCCAAAUGGAAUGGCCUGAACUAGUUAAUAAAUAUCUCUUCCCAGUCUCAUUUACAUAUCUCAAGUGAUUGUAUGUGAGGUGUAUUUGUAGCUCUGUUCCCYUUUAGUGAGACUUCAGGUGCUAACUGUAACUGUCAGACCAGCUCUCAUUUAAGUGACCUCUGAUACCUGUGAUUCCAUAACRUUUCCCAGUGUUCCAGUCCUACAGGCAGCCUCUCAACUAUGUGGAAAACAUAUCUUCAGUAGGAGUGUUCAAACUGCAAACUUUCCUAGGAAAUCUUUGCACUGUGUAAAGUUUAAAAUACUUCAGUUCUAUGCAUGAUGAUUAUUUUCCUCCAUACUCUUACUAUAAUUUUUUGCCUGGAAAAUGAACUUUAGUGUUGGUCUUAGUUAAAAUGCAUAAUUUUUUUAACAGUCCUAGCAAAUAUUAAUCAAAAUUGCUGGCUUUAUGAUUAAAUUGGUGGUUCUGAAACUGGUUUCCUAGUAAUUUUAGGCCUUAGGGCUGAUAGGGAAAUUCUGAAGGUUUUUCAAUGCCUCUGCUUUCAAUUUAAACUAAAAUUUUCAUAUGUAUUCCUGGGUUUUCCAUCUCUCAAGGCAAGCUGGUGGCAAAACUUACGAGUAAUUCAUAGCACUGGCAUAGCACUUCCUUUCUGCAUCACUGAUUUUAUCAGGUAUUUUGAAUUCCUGUUCUUCAUUUAAAUGUUCCUAAAGUAGCUGAAGGUGUACUUGGAUUUGCUUGCCAUCUGGCAGUGUGUGUGUAGAGUCAGGAAAAGUAAAAUAUAACCCUGAAAGCAGGACAAUUCCAGCCUGUGRGAAAUGGAUACUCCGUGUUCAAGCCUACACAUUUACCAUGGAGACUAGUUGAUUUGAAUUUGAUGCUUUCAUUAAGUUCACAGASAAGCUGCUGAGAUCUGAGAGUGUAAGGAGCAGAACCUGUAAAUCAUGGUAGUGUUGAAAUGUCCAGUGUAAGCUUUGUAAUGGAACAGUGGGCUGCAGUGCCCCAGGAUUGAGCACUUAUUAAUUGUUUGGAGCAGUGACCUUCUUCCAUCCUGCUCUGCAGACUGCAGCACAGCCUUACCCUGAAAAUAAUGAAACACACUCCAGCUAAAACCUCGUGAUUGAACUUUGUGUCCAGCCAGACCUCUAACACCUCUCAGCUGACCUUGGGCUUUGUGCUUUCCCUGAGCACCCGUGUGGGGAUGGCAGCCCAGUGCARUGGGGUGGGAGAUGUGCAAUCUCCYGGUUCUGUGGGGCCAGUGCUGUGUUUGGGGUGGUUGAUUUAAUGCUUGACCCUGAAGUGGUGGCAGUGUAUUGGGGAUUGGAUGGGGAUCUCUGGGAUCUGGCUACACUGCAGUUUGAUGAUGUCCAUUGCCAGGAAUCCAGAUUCCUCCUGCUGUUCUAAGUGCACUUCCAUGCAAUUCUGAUAAAAUGUCUAAGGAGCAAUUAGAAGCUUCCAAGCAAUUACUUUGUCAUGUUUUUGACUUUUGAAGACAAGUUACAAAUAAAGGCCAUUUAAUUUAUAAAAUCCUA